UGUGGAAACAAAUUUGCGGCUAAAGAGACUCUUAAUCGUCACGUGCGUACCCACACGGGUCACAAGCCGCACAAGUGCCAGUUUUGCGGCAAGGCUUUUAUCCAAGCAGCGCAGUUACGUGCUCACAUCUUUCACCAUACCGGUGAAAACGCAUACACUUGCCCCCAUUGCAACCGGGCCUUCAAUAGGCGAGCGCGCCUCACGAUGCACGUCAAGUUCGUCCAUGAGGGUGCCGAACCGUUACAAUGUAACCAAUGCGAGAAAUCAUUCUAUCGCAAGGAAGAUUUGUCCAGACAUGAACUGCUCCAUUCUGGAGUAAAGCCUUUCGAAUGCGAGGUAUGCUUAAAACGUUUCGCCAUCAAGUCUUCGCUCAAACUUCACCUGUUGACUCACCGCAAAGAGCAGCCAUGCAAAUGCGACGAAUGCGGCCGAGCUUUCAUUCGCCAGGACUGCCUAUUACGACAUAUGCGUGCCAAACAUCGGGACCUCUUGGAAGACAUAAUGGCUGGAGCGGAAAAGAAACGUCUUCAGCAGCAGUUACUGAAAGCGGCUUCCGCGGCCGCGGCGAACAGAGAGAGCGGUUCAUCGUUGUGCGACAAUCGGAUCUGGAACGAACUCACGUUGACUGAUUCUAUCAAAGAACUCCUCACGCUUCUGGUUGACGAGGAAACAUUGCAAGCUUUUGGAUGGCCCGAUGCCCCUGUCGAUAAAAUACUGGACUCAGUAAUCAAACGUUGCGGGCACAAACCAGCUUCUGAUGAGGAUUUCGAUUACAUUGGUCGUUUACGUGAGAACGCAAAGCUCCUAUUUACCGUAGUGAUAGACGACGAAGCUGUUAAGUCGCUGUUAAACAACCAGACGGUCGACGAGGUCAUUCUUCACGUGCUUCAACUGGCCAAAACGGACUGAGACGUACCGGGGGGUUGUUACCCCCCAACGUCCAACAAGUCCUUUACUUAUCCAAGGGGGUGACGGGCAAAAAAGGAAAUAAUGCGAUACUACUGACGAAGUAAACUUUAGAAAUGAAAGAAAUUAUUUUUUUAUCGAUUGCAUCGUCAAUAAUAAAUGACCGAUUAAGUCAUUAUUGAGGAUGUUAUGAACAUAGCAUUGAUAUAUAUAUAUAUGUCGUUAUUGAUUCGUUUGUCCCUGCUGACUUUCAUAUUUCCAAUUGCUUUGUUAUACGUUUCUAGAAAGACAAUAGCCGGAUGAGCUUGAGCGAACUACCCCGGAAGUCUCAUAUUUUUUGUACAAGUUCCUAUUAAUGGAAACGAUUUAUUUCCAAUAAUAGUAGACACGAAAUUUCUGUACAGUAUUUACAAAUUU